GCGCGGACGGCUCGGGGCCCCGCGGCCGGGCCGGGGCGGCGAUGUCCGAGCCCAAGGCCAGCGACCCCAAGUUGUCGACGACCGACCGGGUGGUGAAAGCUGUUCCAUUUCCUCCUAGUCACCGGCUCACAGCAAAGGAAGUAUUUGACAAUGAUGGGAAACCUCGGGUGGAUAUCCUAAAGGCACAUCUCAUGAAGGAGGGUCGGCUGGAAGAGAGCGUGGCGUUGAGGAUAAUAACAGAGGGUGCUUCGAUUCUGCGACAGGAGAAGAACUUGCUGGACAUCGAUGCACCUGUCACAGUUUGUGGGGACAUCCAUGGGCAAUUCUUUGACUUGAUGAAGCUCUUUGAAGUGGGAGGAUCUCCUGCCAACACUCGCUACCUCUUCCUGGGGGACUACGUUGACAGAGGAUACUUCAGCAUCGAGUGUGUGCUGUAUUUGUGGGCCUUGAAAAUUCUUUACCCCAAAACACUGUUUUUACUUCGUGGAAAUCAUGAAUGUAGACAUCUAACAGAGUAUUUCACAUUUAAACAAGAAUGUAAAAUAAAGUACUCGGAGCGCGUCUACGAUGCCUGCAUGGACGCCUUCGACUGCCUGCCCCUGGCUGCCCUGAUGAACCAGCAGUUCCUGUGUGUCCACGGUGGGCUGUCCCCGGAGAUCAACACGCUGGAUGACAUCAGGAAAUUAGACCGAUUCAAAGAACCACCUGCUUACGGGCCCAUGUGUGACAUCCUGUGGUCAGACCCGCUGGAGGACUUUGGGAACGAGAAGACUCAGGAACAUUUCACCCACAAUACAGUCCGGGGGUGUUCGUACUUCUACAGUUACCCAGCUGUCUGUGAGUUCUUGCAGCACAAUAACUUGUUAUCCAUACUCCGAGCUCAUGAAGCCCAGGAUGCAGGGUAUCGCAUGUACAGGAAAAGCCAGACAACAGGCUUCCCUUCUCUAAUUACAAUUUUUUCAGCACCAAAUUACUUAGAUGUAUACAAUAACAAAGCCGCGGUGUUGAAGUACGAGAACAACGUCAUGAACAUCAGGCAGUUCAACUGCUCCCCACACCCAUACUGGCUCCCCAACUUCAUGGAUGUCUUCACCUGGUCCCUGCCAUUUGUUGGGGAGAAAGUGACUGAGAUGCUGGUCAAUGUCCUUAACAUCUGCUCUGAUGAUGAACUCGGGUCAGAAGAAGACGGCUUUGAUGGAGCGACAGCAGCAGCCCGCAAGGAGGUGAUUCGGAACAAGAUCCGCGCCAUCGGGAAGAUGGCCAGGGUGUUCUCGGUUCUCAGAGAGGAGAGCGAGAGCGUGCUGACACUGAAGGGCCUGACCCCCACCGGCAUGCUGCCCAGUGGAGUGCUUUCGGGAGGCAAGCAGACCCUGCAAAGCGCUACUGUUGAGGCUAUUGAGGCUGAUGAAGCUAUCAAAGGAUUCUCACCCCAACAUAAGAUCACUAGCUUCGAGGAGGCCAAGGGCUUAGACCGGAUUAACGAGAGGAUGCCACCCCGCCGAGACGCUGUGCCCUCGGAUGCCAACCUCAACUCCAUUAACAAGGCCCUCGCCUCAGAGACUAACGGCACAGACAGCAACGGCAGCAACAGCAGCAAUAUUCAGUGACCGCCUCCUGCUCACCCCUUUUUUUUUUCCCGAGCUGCAGGGCAUGAUGGGAAUUUCUGCGUACACAAGGGUGUGUUUUUGCCUCUGACUUAGUGUGUGUGCUCUGGGGGCCAGGCAUUGGAUUCCGUUUACAUGAUCAGUAAAGGAGAGGGAGACAGAAAAGAAACUAUAUUUGUUGAGGAUGGUGAUUAAGCACCUCUUUUGAGUAUGCCUUUUAAAAAUGCUUCUGGGGAAAAAUUUUUAAAAGAAAGCUAUGCUAGUAUAUUCUGCGAUGUUAGGGGGUGAACAUAUUUUCCUGCUGCGUUGGGGACUUCCAUGUAGGUUCAUGAAAGGCCUUUUAUUCUGUUACUGGACAUGAAAAUUUUGUCUAAUUUCUUACUCUAUUGUACGUUUACAGUGCAGCACUAAAAUGGAUAACAUCAAACAUUUUUAACAAAAAUGAUGUACAAACUAAAUAAGGACUAUUUAUUGAUAAUGUUUUGCUACUCUUGUCAGACAAAGGCUCUAAACUGAAUUAGGCAGUCUUAAAAAAAAAACAGAAAAAGAAAAAAAAAAAAGAAUGUUGCAAAUUUGUUAAAAAUGCCAAAAAGGACAGUUUGAUUUUGUACAGAUCUGCUUACCUCAGGUUUCUUUAGUGUGCUUGACUGCCCUUCUUUCCAUUACAACCCUUACCUUUUAAUUUGGCAGUGAACAUCGUUCCUUUUUCUUUAAGUUUGAAAAAAACUGGAAUAAUUACACCUAUCUUUUUUGCUGUUUAUAUUUAGGGGUUUUGUUGAUAAAUCAAGUCUUGGUUGUGGCUUGCUGAGUUAAAUAUUUAUGAGUGGUGCGUUUUUAAGUCUAGUGAACGAGACACCACAUUAAGUACAGUGAUAAAGCAUCUAUAUUCUGUAAAAAAAAAA